AUGAGGAACCACACGGAGCUGAGUGAGUUCAUCCUGCUGGGAAUCCCUCAGACCCAGGGAGUGGAGACUGUGCUCUUUGUCGUCUUCUUGUGCAUUUACCUCUUCACCCUUGUCGGCAAUUUACUCAUCCUGACAGCAAUCCUUUCCUCCUCUGCCCUUCACACCCCCAUGUAUUUCUUCUUGGGACUGCUGUCUGGAUUUGAUAUAUUCUUCCCUUCAGUGACCUGUCCCAAGAUGCUGCUCUAUCUCUCUGGCCAGAGCCGGGCCAUUUCUUACAAGGGCUGUGCAACACAACUCUUCUUCUACCAUUUCCUGGGAUGUACUGAAGGCUGCCUCUACUCAGUGAUGGCCUAUGACCGCUUUGUGGCCAUCUGCCACCCACUCCGGUAUAGGCUCAUCAUGAGACGUGGAGUCUGUGUGGGUUUGGUCCUGGGAGCCUGGUCAGUGGGCUCUGUUCAUGCCUCGGUCCUGACCUCCUUCACUUUUAGACUGACCUACUGUGGUCUGAAUCAGGUGGACUACUUCUUCUGUGACAUCCCUGCUGUCUUGCCCCUGGCUUGUGAUGACACUUCACAGGCUCAGACAGCGGGUUCCACUGCUGUUGGCUUUCUGGCUUUAAUGCUUUGGUUCAUUGUCUGUGUCUCCUAUACACACAUUGGGAUUGCUAUUUUGAAGAUCCGAUCCACAGAGGGCAGGAAGAAAGCCUUUUCCACCUGCAGUGCCCACCUUACUGCCAUCCUCUGUGCCUUUGGACCUGUAAUCAUCAUUUACCUGCAGCCCACACCCAACCCCUUGCUUGGUGCCAUAGUGCAGAUCUUAAAUAACAUUGUCUCACCAAUGCUCAACUCGCUAAUCUAUUCUCUAAGAAACAAGGAAGUGAAAAAGUCCCUGAAAAAAGUGUUUCACAAAAUAGUACUCACACCUCAUCAAUAA